AUGUGGGCGGAGCGGGUGGUCGGGGAGCGCCGGAUGCGGCAGAUCCAGCGCUUCGCGCGGAACGCCAAGCUCACCGUCGUCUGCCUCCUCCUCACCGUCGUCGUGCUCCGCGGCACCGUCGGCGCCGGCCGCUUCGGCACGCCGCAGCAGGACCUCAUCGAGCUCCGCCAGCACUUCGUCUCCCACCCGCACCGGGCGCUCGCCGAGCACCACGACGCCAGGUCUAGGGCCUCCACCACCACCACCACGUCGUCCUCCUCCUCCGGCCGCCGCGACGACGAGCCCGACCCGCCGCCGAGGUCGCUCAGGGACCCGCCCUACACGCUGGGCCCCAAGAUCUCCGAUUGGGACGAGCAGCGCGCCGCCUGGCACCGCCGCCACCCGGAGACGCCGCCCUUCCUCAACGACAUCAAGCCGCGGGUGCUGCUCGUCACGGGGUCCUCGCCCAAGCCCUGCGAGAACCCCGUUGGUGACCACUACCUCCUCAAGUCCAUCAAGAACAAGAUGGAUUACUGCCGCGUCCACGGCAUCGAGGUCUUCUACAACAUGGCGCUGCUCGACGCCGAGAUGGCCGGCUUCUGGGCCAAACUCCCGCUCCUGCGGGCGCUGCUCCUCGCGCACCCGGAGGUAGAGUUCAUCUGGUGGAUGGACUCUGACGCCAUGUUCACCGACAUGGCAUUCGAGCUCCCAUGGGAGCGCUACGGGCCGUACAACCUGAUCAUGCACGGCUGGGACGAGAUGGUCUACGAGGACAAGAAUUGGAUUGGGCUCAACACCGGCAGCUUCUUGCUGCGCAACUGCCAGUGGUCGCUUGACAUGCUGGAUACCUGGGCGCCAAUGGGGCCAAAGGGUCCUGUCCGCAUUGAGGCCGGCAAGGUGCUGACCAAGUCCUUGAAGGAUCGGCCAGUAUUCGAGGCCGAUGAUCAGUCGGCCAUGGUGUACAUCCUCGCAACGCAGCGCGAGAAAUGGGGUGAUAAGGUUUACCUUGAGAAUGGGUACUACCUUCACGGCUACUGGGGGAUCUUGGUCGACAGGUAUGAGGAGAUGCUUGAGAAUUACAAGCCAGGGCUCGGCGACCACCGGUGGCCGCUUGUCACACACUUUGUCGGGUGCAAGCCAUGUGGCAAAUUUGGAGACUACCCUGUCGAGCGAUGCCUCAAGAAUAUGGACCGUGCGUUCAAUUUUGGGGAUAACCAGAUCUUGCAGAUGUAUGGGUUCACACACAAGUCACUAGCAAGCAGGAGAGUGAAGAGGAUCAGGAACGAGACCAGCAACCCGCUUGAGACAAAGGAUGAGCUUGGGUUGCUUCAUCCAGCAUUCAAGGCUGUGAAGACUUCCACAUGA